AAGCUGCGAGGCGAGGCAGUCAGUCGCUCUCAGCUACGACAUGCAUAACGCAUGAGAGCCCGAGCGAGAUCUUUCUAACCCGUCUCUCCUCCGCUGCUAUACACACACACAUACAUACACGACACAUACACACACACAUACACAUACACACACACAAACGUACACAUUCUCGCUCUUUCUCUCUCUUUCUCUCUCUGUCUCUUUCUCUCUCUCUCCCUCACUCACUCUCCUUUUCUCUCUCUCUCUCUCUCUCUCUCUCUCUCUCUGUCCUGGUACUCUCUCACCCACACACUCUUUCACGCACACACAUAUACGUAUGUAUACGCACACGUACACUCACGUAAAGAGAGGGACAUCCACCGCCAGGAGGAACACACACGCACGACAUCAUAUACCUACUCUACUCCCGCCGAGUCGAGUCUCUUCCGUUCCGCGAUUACCGUCGUACGUCCCUUUACGCCGAGCCGGUCGGUCGCUCGCUCGCUGCUCGGUCGGUCCGCGGUGGCAACCCCCGAGUGCAGUCGCGUCGUGCAUCGUCGUCGUCGGUACGCGUCCACCACGUCGAAACCACGGACACGACGCCAGUGCGGAGUAACACUCGCCUCACCGCAGACAUCGUCGUCGCCGAGACGAAAUAGUGAUUACUCGGCAAGUUCGAAUCCCUUACUACAGGGAUGAGUGAUCGUCGACUGAAUCGAUACCCUCGUCGCGAGUGACUACCCCGACUCGAGCGAGUCGGCUAACACAGAGCCAAGAGGAAAGUUUCGCGUGUGAUUCUCGUGCGGGAACAAGUGGUUCCACAUCAGAUCCACGGCAGGCGAGCGAGUCAGGUGUCAGGUGGAGCGCCGCGACAGAGCGGUGCUCCGUUCAGGAGCGACGUACUGCCUCCGCGGGGAACCACCCCGUCAGAGAGAGAAAGAUCAGGGGAACGGUAUAUCCGUUGCGCGAUCGAUGUUACCGUGUCGUCGUUUAUAUAACAUUCGUGAGAAACUAUGGACGACAAUUUACCGAGAACCACCAUCGCCUGGUGUCACCCAGUGCGUUGUCGCGAACUGUGGACGGUGCUACGUGUGAUCAGUGAUUACUAAAAAAAGGAACUACUUCAUCGACGACCGUUCGCGGUCGCGCGCGCACACGUCGUCGUCAGGUGGAUAGCCACGCCAUCGACAACGUCUCUCUGUUCAAGAUCUCACGGAGAGAGAGAGAGACUCUGUCGACGAUUGGAUCAUAAAGACUCUCUCUCUAAUUACGUCUCCUUUUCUCGUCCAUUGAUGAAUUAAAAAAUCCAACAUCAUCGGCGACCAGCGUUCUACUCGGAAAGGUUACUCGCGAGAAACGUGCCCUGUGGUGCGCCCCACAGUGGGAAUACAUUGAGAGGGUUUCGCGAAGCCUCUCGACGCGCGGAAAAGUAGAUGGCCGCUACCACGUACAUGCCGAUUAGUAGCGCAGUCUCUACCGACCUGGAUGGUGGUUCAGGUACAACGAUCGGGAUGAACAUCGCCGUGGGUGGCUACUCCUCGGGCUCGCCUCGCAGCGCCGCCGACGCCGGCGAGAUGAAGUACAUGCCGGCGCCGCAGCAUCAUCACCACCAUCACCAUCAUCACCAGGUGACGUCCUCGCCGUCGCCAAAUGGACUGUCGCAUCCGGCGGCGAGUCUCUCGUCGGCGAAUCCCUGGGUGAGCUUACAACCGGGCAGUGAUCCUUGGGCCGCGUCGAUGGGUAUGCACCAUACUACCCAUCAUCCGCAUCAUCAUCCUCAUCAAGCGAAUGCGAGUCUCGAUGUGAAGCCGUUGACCGCGGCGGCGGCGGCAACGGCAACGGACCAAGGCAUGCAUCAUCGGGGACCGCAUCAAUCCCCGGGUAUGGCAUCGCCACAUUCUUGGCAUGCACCGGUCGUACCGUCGGCGCAUUACAACCCUAGCGGUGGUGCAGCCUCGCCCACCACGCUCCAGCAGUACCACGCAGCGAUGAACGGCAUGCUGCACCAGCACCCGCAUCAGCAUCCGCAUCAGCUGCACAACCAUCAGGCCGGGCUACCUCAUCACUUGAGGGACGCGCACAAUCACAGUCCACCGUCGGGACAUCCGCUGCACGCUGGCCAUCCCCUCGACAGGGAUCACAGUGCCGGCGAGGAGGACACGCCGACGUCGGACGACCUCGAGGCCUUCGCCAAGCAAUUCAAGCAGCGCCGCAUCAAGCUCGGCUUCACCCAGGCGGACGUCGGUCUCGCGCUCGGUACUCUCUACGGCAACGUCUUCUCGCAGACGACAAUAUGCAGGUUUGAGGCUCUACAGCUGAGCUUCAAGAAUAUGUGCAAGCUGAAGCCGCUGCUGCAGAAGUGGCUCGAGGAGGCGGACUCGACGACCGGCUCGCCGACGAGCAUCGACAAGAUCGCUGCGCAGGGUCGAAAGAGGAAGAAGCGGACGUCGAUCGAGGUGUCGGUGAAGGGUGCAUUGGAGCAGCACUUCCACAAGCAGCCGAAACCGUCGGCGCAGGAGAUCACCUCACUGGCGGACAGCCUGCAGCUCGAGAAAGAAGUCGUUAGGGUGUGGUUCUGCAAUCGACGGCAAAAGGAGAAGAGAAUGACGCCGCCCAACACACUCGGCGACGGCAUCAUGGAGGGUAUGCCGCCGGGUCACCAGGGCCAGGGUGGCCUCCACCAGAGUUAUCAUCCGCAAGAUCACCUGCACGGCUCACCUAUGGGCCAUAGCCACAGUCCGCCGAUGCUGAGCCCUCAGGGCAUCACUGCCCAUUCACUCACGGCUCACUAGCGUUCGCCGGGGCCUCCCCCGUUGGGCCUCGCGAUAACCUCCUCGCAGAACUCGGCAAACGUGUCGUCGACAGCGGAGAGUUUGCCGCCGUUCUAUCAUCACUACCUUCAAGCGCGCACCGGCAGUUACACGACGUCGUAGCUGACGGAUUCGCAGCGCCCUUCCUACCUGCCGAACGACGGCGACGCUCGUUACCGAGACGGAGGUACGGAAUGGUGGCUUGUUCGGCGAGGUUCAACGGGGUUUAAUGAGGCCGAGACCGGUCCACCGGGGAGGCUGAGCUGACGCGCUCGGUCGGCGAUCUUUUGUCGACCUUGACCGCGCAACAGAGGCCAAGAGAGGAUGCAAGGGACAUAGAAGGGAAUAAGAGAAGGACAGACGAAGGGAACGACAGAACGCCGUGUCGCGUCGUCAAUGUAUCCCGUCGGCGCAACGUCGCGAGAUCAUCCAUCGCCCGGAUCCUUUCAGGAUAUCGUCGCCCAAGUAUCAUUGUCGUCGUCAUAGUCGUCUCAUUGUUGCUCGCGCGCUUCGCCGGCUAUCACUUCUUCCAUCGACGAAGUGUGUUCCGGCUGACCGAGUGAUGAAACGUCCUCGUCGUGUUGUUCGCAACGACCGCAAACGACACGCGCGAGCCACUGUGCCGUUCUCUCGAGGGAUACCUAUAACGACGCCCAUGGUGAUGAUGUUCCUCCUCCGCGCGGCUAGGUCGGUGCCCGUUCGUCCGUUCGUAGAGUCCUGGCUGGACCGUGGACCUUGUUGGCUGUUUGCUGUUGUUGUUGUUGUUGUUUUGUCGUCGUCGUCGUCGUCGUCGUCGUCGUCGGUGAGCAGAAAGUGCUUCUCUUAUCCGGCGAUUUCCGCCGGCGGAGAAAGGGGAUGGCUCGAUUGAACGGGGUGCGCGGACGCAAAGUGGACUCGCGAGGGUGCGGCUGAAGGCAGAAUGAAGGUGCGUUCUCCCUCUCGCGAACAAGGCGAGAUCCUAAUAUCGGACACGAGAGAGACAUAUACCGCGAGGGUGACGUCGUCGCGCGCGCGGACGUGAUUUCCCCUUGUCACUUGUCGCGAAAAGAAUCUGUCGAGCGUAAUACGAACGGACAGACGGACGGACGAACGGGCGUAACAAGAAAGGAACGUACGUAGGGACGAGUGCUGUGUUCGCGCGGGAUUUGCUUGGUGCAAACUCUCAGCGGAUGAUGUAACAUAAGUAAAUACGGACUGUAAAUAAUGUACUAGAUAAAGCGCUAGUAAGUUAAGUGAGAACGAGAGCAUGAAUUGUCAUCAUCGUUUUCGUCAUCGCCGCCGGCGAGCGAAGACUUUCGGAAAGCAGACGCGGGAGCUGGAAUAAACGGAGGAAAGGGAAAGAGAGAGAGAGAGAGAGAGAAAGAUAAGAGCGAAGGAAAGACGAAGAGAAAGAAGGAAAGAGAGAGAGACAAAGAGUACGCGGCGCGACGAAGUAAAAAAAAAGAGGGACAGAUUAUAUGUAAAAAAAAACGGGACAGGGCGCACACAUCGGAGAGGGAACGCGUGUCGGAAAAGCGCGUGCGAAAUCCUAGCGAGACAGCAAGACAGAUCCCCUCUCACGCGAAAAACCCCUUCUGUAUAAAGAUUUCCUGCCCUUGGAUCGCCGAUCGUCCCGCGGACCCAUUUCGGACCCACCGAACUCGACGAUGGGCCCACCAGCCCGGCCCGCCGCCAGACUCAAUCGGGGCCCCUGAAGAAGCAUCCAGCCGUCAGGGAUCAGUCGUCAGGAUUUUCGGGACGUCCGA